AUGUUAUCUUCUUCCUUCAAAAUUUUCAUUUUUGUAAUUUUUUUCCAAAUUUUAUUAACAAAAUAUAUUAAUGCUGAGGAAGAAAUAUUUAAACAAACAACAACAACAAUAUCCCCAACAACACAAAAAGUUGCCAGAAAAGUAAUGAAACUUGAAAGAAAUGGAAAUAAUUUUAAAGAAGUAAUGGAUAUUAUGGUGGUUAAUGGAAUGAUUAACAAAAAAGUAAAAAUAAAAUAUUUAAAUAUAAGGAUAUACCCCGUCCUUCUUAAAUUAGUCCAAUAUUUCUUCCUCAAGGGUGUAUCUCUUACAACGAAAUUUUUAUAUCUAAAAAAAUUUUUUCAGACUUAUCAACCAAAGGAUCUACAAAUAUUGCUUGAAGGAUUUAGUGGAAAUUUUUUCUCUGAUUUGAAGAAGGCCCAAACAGAAUUAAAACAACAAACAGAACAAUUUAAAUCAAUCCGCACAAAACUGCAAACAAAAAUUGAAUGUUUAGAGAAAGAAUUACUUCAAGGGAAACAAUUUUUAAUGGUUCUUUGUUUUCUUUUGUUAAUUAUUUUGGUUUUGCUUGUUUUUGGGAAUAUUUGCUUAAUUAAACGUUUUAUGGCCAAGUUCAACAAAAAUGGAUUUAAACAUGUUCGAAUGACUGUUGGAGGAGAGGAUGUUGGGGAAAUGGAACAAAUUUAG